UUAUGCUUGUAAUCCAUCCAACUGCCAAAAAUUUGAAUUUUGAUGCGUGCUUUUCACGCUUACAGUGUAUUUACCCAUAGCUUUUCCAUUAAAUAUAGAAAGAUUUCAAUUUUCAAAUUUGUUCAGUUAAAUCCCAGAAAUAAUGUACAGUAAAUCCAAUUCAGCAGGUAAAUCUCAGGUUAAACAAUCGCAAUCGAUAAGGAGAACUGACUAUUAUACUUGUUCAAAAUUGACGGAAACUGACACGCACAAGAAUGAUUAUGAAAGGACUCAGCCAAUUAAGAUUGCACAACUGCUAAGAAAGGAAGAAAAUUUAAAAACAACUCAUAAAGAUAGUGUACGCAAAAGAGCACAGCCUGAAAGAUUAGGUCCACUUUCAAGUGUAAAGAACAAGAAAAUAAACAAAGAAAGUGAUGGAAUUAAUGCGAAUGGUCAGUCCACAUGUUUUGACAAACAUGUACGUAGAAAUCUCAAUUUUAAUGAAAAUACUGAAAAUAACAUUCAAGAAAAUAAUGAAAUUAAAAAUAAACCAAAAAAAUAUGCAAGGAAUAACUCAACUUGUAAAAAUGUUACCAGUAUGAGCAGAAAUAGUUUAUUAUUGCCACCAAAUACAAUAAAAUAUAAAUAUUUACACAGACGCACUACAGUAACAACUAAGUGUUCAAAGAUAGAUGAGGAAUCAAAAGAAGUUGUACCUUCUGUUAAACUAAGCGAUGCUCGCAUUUUUCCUAGCAUGCAAAAAGAAAAUCAAAGAAUGGAAGUGAACAGCAGUCUUUCGUUAAAUAAUAAAUCACCUGGCAAAGAUAAUAAUCCCACGCAAUUUGAAUGUAUAGAAAGUUUAAGUAAUGAUUUACAAGGUACAACAUUAGUGGAACCUAAAAAUGACAUUAAUAACAGGUGUACUUUAUCUGAGAUCAUCCAUGUAGACAGAAGUAUGCUUAUCCAUUUAGAGUGUGAGUUAAAUAAUUUACUACGUACAGAAGAAGAUAAAAUAUCUAAAAUAAAAUCGACAUUAACUUGUAUCCAGAAAUUAUUAUUUGUAAAUAAUGAAAAAGAUGUAAAAUGUAAUGUUUCCACAGAACAAAAUUGUUCUGAACCAGAAGAAGUACCUAUCAUAAUGUUAAAUAAAGAAGUUCAAGUAGGAAUAUGCUGCAAAUUAAUGCAAAAUUCAAAAGAAAAUUUAGAAGUACCUCCUUUACAUGUUCCAGAAGAUUACAUACACGAGGUGAAGCCGUUAAGUGCAAACGAAUUGAAUAAAAAUAAUGAAAACAAUAAGGAAAAUCACGAGAUAACAAAUGAAAUAAAUGGGACAAAUAAAGUAGAUGACAGUUUUCUUGAUUUAGAAAAUCAAUUUAAUACUAUUUAUGGAAAAUUGACUCAAGAUCAUAGUACUCAGCCUAAAACACCUACAAUUACGAACUGUAAGCAGCAACGUUCUCUCAGGGAGUACAUGACUUUAAAGUCAAGUAUGAAUUUUCUAGAAACUCCAGAUGGCAAAAGAUUCUGUUCUUUGUAUCAAAAAAAAAAUAUAGAUACAUCUAAUCUUAGUAAAUCAUAUAUUUCGAAUAAACUGUUGAACGAUAUUCAGAAUUUAUGCUCUGAUUCUCCAGAACUUGAAUAAAUUUGAUAAAAUUCAAAUCGAAAUAUCAAAGGGAUUUAUAAUUAUGUACAAAUAUUUAUGCAGAUAUUAAUUUAAUAUAUAGGAUGAAGAAUUUCUUGUGUCCAACAUUUGUAAAAUACUAUUUAAAAUCAACUAUGUACUACCAACUAAUACAAAAUGUAAAUGUGUUUGUGUAAAAUUAAUAUAUAUAAAAAUAUUUAUGUACUUUUACUGAAUAAAAAUGAUCUAAAUGUAAUAAGAUGUUAAU